AACAGGUAAAAGUAACCUGUUCUUUACUAUUAGUGAAUUCGGUGAAAAGUUUUCAGUACUUUUACUUUCACUAACCUGUCUUUCACAACCUGUCUUUCACUAUUCAUGUUUUCGCUUUUAAAGGUUUCAUUACUUUCACUUUCGCUGAGCUGAGUGCAAACCGAGAAGAACCGUGAUGUUGUUACAACGAGACACGGUUUAUUCUCCAUUUCCUCUAUAUUCUGUGUCACAUAAUCCCAUUUUAUCCAAUUUUUUAAUUUCAUUAUCGUUAUCCAUAUCACUUUCAUUAACUGCUCCGUCCUCCUCUGUGGGUCCUCAACCCAAUGAAGUGUAUACCGUGGACUUAUUAGCGAGACAAAAUGCUAAGCAACAUGAUACAAGCAAGUUUGAAUUACUUGACAACAACUUUCCACCUCUCAUUAUUCGUAGAGGGGCAACCUUCAGAAUGACCAUUGGUCUGAUAAAACCGUACAAACCUUCAUUAGAUAAAAUUCGGAUGGAGUUUAUGUACGGUAAAAGGCCCCAGUUGGGUAAAGGGACGUUAAUUUAUCUCCCAAUAACUCUUAAUACGCCAGAAAAUAAGGAUAUUAAUAAGUGGCGUGCCAAAAUACUUUCAGUCAGUGACAAUCAGCUUCUCAUUGAGGUUUACGUACCACCUACAGCUGCUGUGUCGACCUGGAAGCUACGUAUCUCAACGAAACAAAAUGGAUCUCGUAAUAUACGGUCAUUCGAUGUAAGGGAAGACAUCUAUAUACUGUUUAAUGCCUGGUCUAAAUUAGACACUGUUUACAUGGAAAGGGAAGAUUUGAAACACGAAUUUGUCCAGAUGGACAUUGGUAAAAUAUACAUUGGUUCAUAUAAUCAACCCAAAGGUAGACAAUGGAUUUAUGGACAGUUUAACCGGGAUGUCCUACCUGCUGUUAUGUACAUGUUGGGUAAAACCAAUUUAGACUAUGCUGCCCGAAGUAAUCCCAUUAAAGUUGUCCGAGCCAUUGCACAAAUGGUCAACAGUCAUGAUGACAAUGGACUUUUGGUUGGUAAUUGGUCUGGUGAUUAUAAAAGUGGUACUCCACCAUGGAGUUGGACUGGAAGUGCACCCAUUUUAGAGCAAUAUUAUGAAACUAAUGGUGAACCCGUUAAAUUUGGCCAAUGUUGGGUUUUUGCUGGAGUAACAACAACAGUUUGUCGAGCUCUUGGUAUUCCAGCUCGAACAGUGACCAACUUUGUCUCAGCUCAUGACACUGAUGAUUCAUUGACUGUGGAUAAAUUUUUCGAUGCCAAAGGUCAACCGAUAACUGAUGUCAAUGCUGAUUCAAUCUGGAAUUUCCAUGUAUGGACAGACGCCUGGAUGACUAGACCUGACCUACCAGCUGGUUAUGGUGGGUGGCAGGUUAUCGAUGCAACUCCCCAAGAAACAUCCGAAGGACUAUAUCGAACUGGUCCAGCCUCGGUGGAAGCAGUUCGUCGUGGUGAAAUUGGCCUUUCCUAUGAUGCACCUUUUGUCUUUGCCGAAGUGAAUGCCGACCUUGUCCACUGGAAGCUUGAUGAAACAUCUCCAUUAGGGUGGAAAAAGAUGAUGACCAAUCAACAUCAUGUUGGUCGUAAAAUAAUAACCAAAAAGGUUGGCUACAUUUCAGAGUUGCCCGAUACCCGAGAUGCCGAGGAAAUAACGGACAGAUAUAAGAACAAGGAAGGAACCGCCGAGGAACGAAUGUCGGUUUUGAAUGCAGCUCGAGCCGGUGGAUUGGCUUAUCUCUUUGAGAUUCCCGAACCAGACCGUGAAGACAUUAGAUUCGAGCUGAAGAAACUGGAUCGCGUUCCUAUUGGAAAUCCUUUCUCAAUUGUUGUCCGAGUUUACAACAAGAGCCCCAUGAAGAGAACCGUUACUCUCUCCGUUAGCGUCAACAGUGUCUUCUAUACUGGAAUAUUGGCACACAAAGUGAAAACGGAGAGACGGGAAAUUGAUAUUGGCCCUAAUAAAGUCUACGAACAUCGGGUCAACAUUUUGGUCGCUGAAUAUUUGCCUUAUCUGGUUGAUUAUUCAAUGUUAAAGAUUUAUGCUGUUGCCUCGGUCAAGGAAACAUCUCAGACUUGGUCGGAAGAAGAUGAUUUUGCUGUUGAAAAGCCUCCAUUGGCUUUGACUGUCGUCUCUUCUGGCCAUGGAUUAACGGUCGGAGUUCCUUUCAAUCUUGCCAUUGAGAUAACUAAUCCAUUGAAUGUUAUCUUAACCAAUUGUAAAUUAACCGUUGAGGGAACCAGUCUAGUUAAUCGGGUUCAAACGGUUGCCAUACCUGAUAUCAACAAGAAAACAAAGAUUUCUCAUAUCGUGCAAUUAACACCAAGACGUCCUGGUGAAUCCAAUAUUGUUGUUACAUUCCAAUCCAAGCAACUUGGUGAUGUUUAUGGAUCAAAGACAAUUUUAAUCAAUUAAUUGUAAUUAAUAUAAAAAAAGACCGAUCACAAUCGAAAGACAUCCGAUUGUCUUUUAAACCCUUUUUAAACGAAAACACCACAAAAAAAUUCAAAUAAAAAUGAAAUCUCAUGUAAUAUUAAAAAUUAAAUUGAAUUCAAUAAAAACAAUUCUUACCAUUAA